CAUUCGUAUUUAUUUCAUCGUAGGAUUCAGAUCUAUUGGUAGAAAGAAAAACAAAAAAAAUUCUAAAAAUUUAAGUUCUGUACAAAUUUGGAGUGACUUAUUUUUUAACACACUUUCGGAAUAUCUCGAGUUUUCCCACACAUUGAUAAUGAAUUUUUGCUCAGUGCCCUACGAAGCUGAUUACGGCAUGUACGCCGAUUCCAAGAUGAAAAGCGUUCCCCAGUACCCUCUGGGCAUGGGUGCCAGUCAGGGUCAAGGACAGUCCAUGGCCAUGCAGCCGCUGAAUCCACCACAGAUGAAUCUGCAGAUGCAGAUGCCCGUGUGCCAGUCGGGCGCCUCAUCGUACCCCAUGCAGGGUAUGCCGCUGGGCAUGAUGCAAGGGGGAAAUCAGAUGACUCCCAUGUCCACGAUGAGCACCCAGCUGCCAAUUGGUGCGGUGACGCCCCUGAACAGCAUGACCAUGAUGCCCAUGAUGGGCAGUCCCAUGGGCGCCAUCGACGCACCCGGGAUCAAUGCAGUGCUGCCCGACCUGCAGCCCAUGGGCUCCAUGGGUCAGAUGCAGCCGCUGCAGCAGUACAAUCCGACGGGAUCUUCCACCCAAAUGCAUCAAGGUCGUCUGACGGGCGGCUGCAGUACGGGAAUGGCCGCAGCCUGUCCGUCGUCGCCCACGAAUCCUGGCAACUGGAGCUCCAGUCCCAGCUCCAACCAGAUGAUGAGCAAUGCCAACAUGUGGCAAUACAGCCAGCCCAUGCAGAGUCCCCAGCCGCAGUACCAGCAGCUGCAGCACUUCCAGCAGCAGCAGAACCCAUCCCAGCAGCAGGUCAGCCGGAUGAAGCCCUCCUACGACGCACCCAUGUACCGGGAUAUGCGCAACGGUCUGAACACACCGUCCAUGCACGAUUCUUCGAAGUACAGCAAAGGCAAUCAAUCAUUCAAUUGUGGAAAAGCGGUUACCAAGGUCCCCCAUUGGCGUUGACGAACCCCUUGAGCCCAUCAUUAGUUGUUUUUGUACUUUUGCAUGAUUGGUGUCUCUUUAUUUGCACAACUUGUUCCAAGACUUCCCCUACGCAAGCAAACAGAUACUCAAGCCCACAAGAAACACAGACAUGGUCGCAAACAUAUUGGUGUGGAAUAAAUUGUUUAUAUGUUAUGGCCGAAAACGAA